GGGAAGGGCUGGGAAGGACGGAACUGUCUGCCUGAGCUCGGUUCCUUUCUCUUGCCCACUUGGGUCGCGAAAGGUGGAAUAGCGGCUUGCCAGAGGACCAGUCAUUUAUUUCGACGUGUAGUUAUCGAGCACCUAUCAUCUGUUAAGCAGACGUGCAAAGGGAGUUAAGUCAUGAUUGCUGUUAGCGUCUUCCAGCAGAGUGAGGGAGAUACUGCUGACCCAAAGGCUUUGCUGACUUUGAAUUUGGGGAGAGCUGAAGGGCUGGAAUACCCCCAAGAGGCUUGUGAUCAGUAACGUUUGGGGAUUGGAGGACUUGACAGGGGGAUUCUGAGCAUCGAGUUAGGAUUUUCCAGAUGAACUGGGUUCCCAGACAUUCCUUACUAGGCAAUAGAAUUUGGGAGUAGUGCGGGUUCUUAGGCAAACUCUCUCUGUGCCUCAACUUUCAUGUGCUUAUAAUAGGAAAAGUAAUACCAACGUUGUAUGGUGGCUGCGAAGAUUAGAUUAGGAUGCUAAUACAGAUUGCCCACUAAGUGUCUAGCUCACAGUGGAUGCUCAUGGUGGAGUAUGAUGAGUUAUUUCAUUUGUUGUUUCUUACUCCAGCGACCAGAGCACGUUCAAACACGUGGAAUGGAACGUGUUGUGCUUUUUUGGGGGGAAAUAACGUAGGGCACGUGGGGCCAUAGUGUAAGGACAGGCAGAAUAUUGAGAAAUUCGGCUGGAAAGUAGAUCGGGGCUGGGACGAUUAGAGCGUUUUUGGGUAAGCUUGGUCUCACUGGCAUUUCAGUUAUGUUAGGUGUACCUGCAGUGCAUUAGGUACAGAGGUUGUCCGUUCUGCCAGUAAGGUGCAUCCAGUUCUGUAUCGUCUGUGUGAUGGGGGAGCAUGAGGCAGGCGGAGGGGCAAAGCCCAAGGUAGCACCCCCCUGUCCCCACCCCGGGUGGGAUCUGUGUGAUAUUCCUUGGACACUCCCAGCUACCCAGGAACGAAGGAAAGGGGUUUAAGUGCUUGCCAUGGUGAUGUGGGAAACUAAGGCAAAUGAAAAAGGAAAUUCCCUUACUGCCUAUGGCCCAUUGACAAGUCCUUGAAACCGGCAGAGUGACCUCCCUCUACCCUUUGCUAGGGGCAAAAGAGAACCUUAGCUUAACAUUAUCCCAACCUCGAGGAUCCUGUAAGUCUACUUCCUUUAUCUCAACUGCCCCAAGAUGUAUGCUGGCAAUCAUACUCCCAGCCUAUACCCCCCCUUCCAUAUAGGUCUCAUGACCGAAAGGUCUCAUGACUGAGGUUUUAUUGAAUAGUAAUAAAUGGCGUUUCCCUAGCAACAGCUAGCCCCUCAAGGUCCUGGAAACCUUGCUUCCAAAAUUCUUUAAGAGACUUACUCUAUCCCUGACCCCCUCCCAACCUGAGGGUGUAUAAUGAGUUACCCAUCAGGACCCCAGUGCAGCUCUUUCUGCCCAUGGGUUCUGUCCCCAUGCUUUAAUAAAAUCACCCUUUUGCACCAAAGAUGUCUUCAAGAAUUCUUUCUUGGCUGUCAUCUCUGGACUCCACAAACCCCCAUCACCCCAAAACUUCAUCAUAUAUGACUUAAAUGAAUGCAAGUUGAAAGUAAACUUUCACAAAAUGACUGGAAAGUCCUUAAAUUAGGAUCAAUUGGAUUAAGGAGAAGAAAUCAAAGCAUAUGAGAAUUCAAGAAAUUCAGAUGUUUACAGUUACCCAAAAUGUAAAGAUCCACUAUUAGGAAAUCAUGGCUUCUUAAGAAAAUGGACCCCGCUUCCUUCGAAAGUUGGCAGGGAUGACCACUCAGGCUUGGCUAACAUGAUAAAUGCUGUGCUUUACUGGUGAACCAGCAAUAAAUAAGCAGUGCAAAGAAAAACAUGAGGUCAAGGAAUCCUCAGGUCGAGGAGUCUCCUGAUGCCUUUGCUUCUCUUGGAGGCUCUCAGCAGCCUCUGACACGAGGAGCCGCAAAUUGUCCUUUGCCCUCUUGAGGCUGGUGGCGGGGAGUGAGUGCAGAAUAUGUGAGCUAUAUUAGCACUCCUCUGCUGUCUGGGUUCUAUGUUUGUUGGGGAAGCGCGGUUAUGUAAUCACGUUUCCUUAGCAGUGAUUUCUUGUACUGUUGUCCGGGGCACCAGGAGUUCUAGAACAUCAGUCCUUGCCCUGGUCUACGAAGGCAUCUCCUUAGGCCGGCUUCUGCCAGUCAUUCUCCUUCCCAGUUUAUUGUUCCCACUGGUGCCUGGGGUUCCUGUUUGCUAGGCCAAGGAUGACUGCUCUGCUCCAUUAGAGACUUCUAGUGGCUCCCAGUUGCCUGCAGGCUCCUCUCCAGUCUGCCUUUAGCUGCGUCUAAGCUUUGACUUUUCCCGCUCUUUUCUUUCUGCUUUUGCAUGCACCUCCUGGAAUGAAAUAACCUCUCUUCCCCUUUCUAAACUUCUCCCAGUCUGGCAAGCUUCUACUCAUAAUUGUGACCCAUUUCAGGUUUUUUUUUUAAUGUUUAUUUUUGAGAGACAGAGAGAGACAGAGACAGACAGAGACAGACAGCGGGAGCAGGGGAGGGGCAGAGAGAGAGGGACACACAGAAUCCGAAGCAGGCUCCAGGCUCUGAGCUGUCAGCACAGAGCUCCAUGCGGGGCUUGAACACAAGAACGGUAAGACCAUGACCUGAGCCCAAGUCGGACGCUUAACCGACUGAGCCACCCAGGGGCCCCCAUUGUGACCCAUUUCAGAGAUCAUUGUGAACCGCGUUGGAAAAACUUCUGGCAGAAAUAGAACAAAUAAGCAACUGUGUCAUGCAAGGCAUCCUUGAUGCCUGCUCCUUGCUUACCGUUCGUAUCCAGGUUAUCAAGACUUCCUGAGUGUCUUUGAAACCUUUCCACUUUCCUCCACGUGCUUCCUUACCAACACGGCUCUUGUCCGAGCCAGCACCUUCUCCCAGGCGGACUGUCGCUGGGGUCGGCUGGCUGGUCUUCCUACAUCUACUUACUUUUCAUUUUCAGCAGAUUGAUUUCUGUCAUGUAUUUUUAUCAUGUUUUUAACAACAUAUUUUCAUACGUUUUAUGGCAUGGGAAUUAUGUUGAUAAACACGUAUAUUAAGAUGUAUAUAUUUUUAAAUCUUUACUGACCCAUAGUCCCGUACCACAAAAUUCAGAGUGUACAGUUAAUUUCAGUGUGUGUAGAGAGUUGUGCAAACAUCCCCACAAUCCAAUUUUGCAACAUUUUUAUCAGUCCAGAGGGAAGCCCUGUUUUCUUUAGCCAUGACUCCCCAUUCUCAUACCCUGUCUCCCCCCAGAAUAGGACCCAUUUGUCUAUUUUCUCUCUCAGAAGCUUUGUGUAUGUUGGACAUUUCAUAUGAGGAAAUAAUUUAUGGUUUUUUGUGGAUUUUUCCACUGAGCAUUAUGUUUUCAAGGUGCAUCCCUGCGGUAGCAUGUAUCGGUACCUCAUCUCUUUAUGGUUCGAUGACAUUCCAUUUUUUGGGUAGAUCAGACCACAAUUUGUUUAUUCAUCAUUCAUACACAUUUCGGUUGUUUCCACUUUUGGGGUAUUGUGGACAACGUUGCUUAGAAAAUUCGUGUACGGUUUUGUGGACGUUUCAUUUCCAUAUGGUGGAAUUGCUGGGUUCUCUGGUAAUUCUGUGAUUAGCAUAUGGAUGAACUACCAGACUUUUCCAGCGUGGCUGUGGCAUUUCACAUGCCCACCAGCAAGGCCUCAGGACUCCCCUUUCUGUGCAUCCCGGUCAAUACUUGUGGUCAUUGUGCUUUUUGAUUGUAGUCCUCCUGGUGCAUUGGAAGUGAUAUUUCCUUGUGGCUUUGUUUUGGAGUUCCCUAAUGGUGCAUGAUGUUGCAUAUCUUUUCAUGUGUUUAUUGGCCACGUGUGUAUCUUCUUUACAGAAACAUCUCAAAUCUUUGCCCCCCUUUUUUUUUUUUUUUUUUUACCUGGGUUGUUUGUCUUUUUAUUGUUGAAUUGUAAGAGUUUUUAAUAUAUUAUGGAUACAAGUCCCUUAUCAGAUAAAUGAUUCGUAAAAAAUUGUUUUUUUUCACUUAAAAAAAUGUUUUAUUUCUGAGAGAGAGAGAAAGAGAAAGAGAGAGUGUGCGCAGGGGAGGGGCAGAGAGAGAGAGGGAGACACAGAAUCGGAAGCAGGCUCCAGGCUCUGAGCCGUCAGCACAGAGCCCAAUGUGGGGCUGGAACUCAGGAACCGUGAGAUCAUGACCUGAGCUGAAGUCGGACGCUUAACCGACGGAGCCACCCAGGUGCCACCAUUUUUUUCACUUUUUAAUGGUAUAUUUGGAAGAAGCUAGGUUUGUAUGUGGUUUAUCAGAGAUAUUCUUUCUGUCACUGGUUUUCAGUACUUUGUGUAUUACAUGUCCUGUAAUUACAUGUCCUGUUUAGUAACAAUAGCUAAAUUAUUGAAGUUUACAAAACUUCUAAAGUAAAAAUAUAUGCACAUGGUGGUAAAAUUAAACAAUGAAAGCACCGUGGGAGGGUACCAGCCCUGUGUUUUCAAGACAUUAACCAUUUCUUGCAUUCUUGCUGUGAAUGGUAAUCUUAUCCACCGUUCUUACUUUUUAGUCCAUCGAAUGGAUAUGCCACAUUUUGUUUCUACUUUUUAGAUACGAAGAAUGCUGCUGAACACCAGCGUAUAGCCAUUUGUUUGAACGUAUGUGCUCAUUUCUCUUGGGUGGAUACCUAGGAGUAGAAUCAACGGGCCGUGUGUCGUUUUUGGAGGAUCUGCCACACGGUUUCCCACAGCAGCUGCACCAUUUUCAGGUGUCACCAGCAGUGCCCCAGGGGUCCUGUUUCCCCACACCCUCGCCAGCACUUGUUUCCACGGUUUUCCAUCGUGGCCGACCUGCUGGCGGUGAAGCGAUGCCUCGUUUUGGUUUUGAUUUGCUUUUCCCUAAUGACAAAUGAUGUUGCUUGUUGGGCGUUUGUGUAUCUCCCUUAGAAAUCUGCAUUUAAACCUUGUGCCCGUUCGUUUAUCUUUUUGUGGUGGGUAGUAAAAAUUGUUUUAUAAUCUGGCUAUUAACCCCGUGUCAGAUGUACGAUCUGCAAAUAUUUUCUAUUCUGCGCGUUUUUUUUUUUUCACUUUUUCUCGAUAGUUUUGAUGAAUUAUGAUUUAUCUGUUCUGUUGCUUGUGGUUUUGUUGUCAAAUCUAUUUAAGACACUGUUGCCUGGCCCAAGGUCCUGAAGAUGUGGAACUGUGUUUCCUUCUGAGAGAGUCACAGUUUUAGCUCUCACACUAUGUCUCAGGUCUGUUUUGAGAUAAUUUUUACACGUGGUGUGAGGACAGGGUCCAAUUUCAUUCUUUUGCGGGCUAAUACCUAGUUGUCCCACUGCUAUUUGUUGAAAAGACCGUUCUUUUAGCAUUGAAUGGUCUCUGUACCUUUUCCACAAGCCAGUUGACCAUAAGCGUAGGUGUUUAUUUGUGGACUCGGUUCAAUUCCGUUGGUCUGUAUGUCUGUUCUCACGCCAGUAGCACACUGGUGUUUUUGGUUUUGGUUUUGUUUUGGCUUUUUUCUGUAGCUUUGUAGUAAGUUUUGAAAUUAGGAAGUGUCCUGAUUAAGUCCUUCAACUAAGACUUCAAACUUAGUUUUUCUUUUUCAAGAUUGUUUUGACUCUUUGGGGUUAAUUCCAAUUCCAUUUUCCUCUUUCCAAUUCCAUUUGAUUGGUUUUGUAUAUUUUAUCAAAUUAUUGAUAUGUGCAAAAAUUCAUAUACAGAGGGAAGGACGUGACCUUGUGUAGUUCAGAUAUGUAAUUGGAAAGAAAAUGUACUAUUUCUCAAGUUUUUAAAAUUCUGAAGGUUUCAAUAUUUACAUCUGUCCCUAAUUCCGUGUGUGUAAUUUUGUAUUCUUUUACUUACAGGGGCUCCUUAAAUUUUAGAAACUUCAGUCCCUGCCAACCCUGGAUUCCACCUGGUCACAGUUUCAAGAUGCUCCUUUACAUUUUCCAAAUGUCUUCUAAGAGGUUUUUCAUCCCAUUGAGGUCUGCUGUUGUGAACAAACUGGUAUUAGUGCUUUGGCCAGGCAGUUAAUAGGGACGAUAUUUUUUAGGAGUAUCUGUUAAAAUUAAGAAUGCACACCUAGACUUUCUACUUCUUGAUACUUGUCAGAAAUACUUACACACCUGUGGAAAGGAAACCUUGAAGAAUGUUUAUUGCAGCAUUGUAGGAUUUAGGAAAAUUCAGGAUUGUAGGACUUAGGACAGUUUAGGAAUGGUUUGUUUUAUUUUAUUGCCUUUCUUUUCUUUUUUUAAGGAAAAUUCAGGAACAGUUUAAAUGCUCAUCAAAUGAAACUAAAUAAUGGAAAUUCAUUUCACAGAAUGUUAUUCAUUAAAAAGAAUAUCUUGAUAAAGUUCUUUAUGGCUGAAUGAAGAAGAUAAAGGAAAUAUGUGUGACCCAUUUAUGUAGAUCAGCACCAGCAGAAGAUACUCUCCGAUCUCACUUAUGUUCAAUAUCAACCAUGACCAAAGCCGUAGCACACCACUCUUUAUUUCUGUAUGGAAAUACAUUUUCUAGAAGCUUCCGUAUCAACAGAUCAUGGUAAUACUCUACUGCAUCAAAGCGUGUUAGGAGGAACAAUAAUCAUUGAACGCUUACGUUGUAAACUUUAUGUCUGUUUUAUCACUGAUCCUCACUCACACCAGUCCCACAGAGUUGGGAACCAUUCGUAUCUCAACAGAGUAAGAAACUGAAGGUCAGGGGGGUUAGUUAAGUAACUUGCCCAAGGUCACACAGCUAGUAAGCAUUGGCCUGGGAGUUCAGCGCUAGCAACCAGACCUCAGAGCCUGCGUUCUUAGCCUCUAUGUACCCUUAAGAGUUGAUACCUACGUGGAUAUCUCAAAGGCACGUCAGAUUCACUUGAAUUCGAAACCAAAUUCGUGAACUCUCGCCCUUUCCACCCUCACCUCGGUUCUUGUUUUUUUAUGGUUCUGUCUUGAAAUGUCAUCUGUCAUCCAACAGCUGAAGUGAAAACCUCGUAGACGCUCCUAACACGUUCCGGUGCGGUCAGUUCUCAGUCCGGUCAAUCACUAACUCACUGAAAUUCUACUUCUUGAACCCUCUUGCUUCCUGUCCUGACUCUGUUGACCUCAGCUAAACCUGUUCUCUCUUGGCUGGACUGCAGCCCCCGUAUCUUAACGGUUCUGGUUAGAAGUUACUGGAGCACCAUUUACAGCAUGUAAAGCAUUUCGAAUUGUACGUUUUUUAUCGUUUGUCGUCCCUUCCUAGACUCGAGUUCCCUGAGGGCUGAGCACCGUAAUGUGUAUUCGACACAGCUGAAUAAAUGACGUGUCUGGUCUUACCCGGUGGGUUUUGUUCGUGAGGAAGCGGAAGCUUGAACGCUGUAGCCGCGUCAUUCAUUCAGCUGUGGAGGUGGUUGGCGGUCUAGCUUCCCCGAGGCCCAGUUUCUUCCUUCUCUCCAGUAGGAUGAAAGCAGUGUCCACCUCUUGGGUUGUGUGGGCAUCACGUGACUCGAUAAACAUAAGGCCCUGGGAACAGUGUCAGCAAGUGCUCGGUUAGUGACGGCUCUUGUCCUUGAGUGGGGGGCCUACCCGAGGUCAGUCUGGGGUUUCAUGCAGAGCCUGCCCCACAUCCACGUUCUUUCUGAUUUUCUCCAUGCUGAGAGCAUUUAGAAUUCUUGAAAAUUUAUUCCGUGAGUGAAGUUUAUCUUUGCACUUUCUUUGCAAAGUAGGUUUGCACAAUGUCUUGCAUAGAGAAGACGUGUGUACAUGUUGUUGUCUUCAGUGUAACUUAGUAACAAAUAAGGGUCAUACCCCCCCCCCCCCCCCCACCCCCAAAGAGGUGGAAGGCAUUCCUGUUACACAGGGAACCUUUGUGCUCACUCCGGGGACAGGCAAGGUCAAGUACAGGCUCUGUAGGGCUCUGAACGCAAAUGUUUCGGAAGCAAAUAAAUAAAGGAUUUUAAGCAGGGGGUGGAUUCUAUGCAUAAUUGUUCUUGGGAAAUUGAUCAGACUGAAGCAGUUGGAAUGGGAGGCUGGUCUGAGUCAGGAACCUCAGGAGGGAGAGCGCAACUUCCUGGGGACUGAACUCUGCUUUUCUAGACUGAGGCUGAAUCACUGGUUGGACUUGAAUUGUGGUGCUUGGAAUAAACAGAGCUUAUGCCAAAAACUCAUUCAGUAAAAAUCUGGUAAAAAUGCUCUCAAAAGCUGUGGAUGCUUUGAAAUCUGAUAAGAAAGUACGGACCAUAAUAGUCAGGAGCGAAGUUCCAGGGAUAUUCUGUGCUGGUGCCGACCUUAAGGAGAGAGUCAAGAUGAAUCCCAGUGAAGUCGGUCCUUUUGUCUCCAAAAUAAGAGCGGUGAUUAAUGAGAUCGCUAAUCUUCCAGUGCCGACGAUUGCAGCGAUAGAUGGACUUGCUCUGGGGGGGGGCCUUGAGCUGGCCCUAGCAUGUGACAUACGUGUAGCAGCUUCCUCUGCGAAAAUGGGCUUGGUUGAAACAAAGUUGGCAAUUAUUCCCGGUGGAGGGGGGACGCAGCGCCUGCCGCGCGCUAUCGGGAUAUCGCUGGCCAAAGAGCUCAUCUUCUCUGCCCGCGUGCUCGAUGGCCAAGAAGCCAAAGCGGUGGGCUUGAUCAGCCACGUUCUAGAACAGAACCAGGAGGGGGACGCUGCGUACCGCAAGGCCUUGGACCUAGCAAGAGAGUUUUUACCUCAGGGACCUGUUGCGAUGAGAGUGGCAAAAUUAGCAAUUAAUCAAGGGAUGGAGGUUGAUUUAGUAACAGGAUUAGCCAUAGAAGAAGCUUGUUAUGCUCAGGUGCAUUCUCCAGGCAGUGAGAGAGCAGGGUGCCCGGCAGGGGGAAUUGAGGUUGCCAAGGACAGCCCAAGACGCGGAGCUCGAGCUGUUGGGGCCAGCCCCCAUCGUCCUGUUCCUGCAGCGCGAGGCCAAGAAGACAAGAACUUGCUCACAGGCGGCCCUCAUCUGAGUGCUUUAAAAAUACAAGAAACGUGUGAUGCGCCAUUCAAGACAGGAAAUGACAGACCACAUGCAGCCUGGUGCAAAGAUGCUCCGGUUAUGGUGAGAUGAUAUUGGUGGGAGUUGUCAGGGGCUCCUCCGUUGGAUGCUUACGGAACACCAGCCGAGGUCUGCACACAACGUGAAAAGGCACUUUCUCUGCGUCCAGUCUUUGUGGGGAGUACGCGUGGCAUGGGACUGUCAGUCCUCCCUGUUAAACAUGAACAGUUUGGGGGCGGUCAGUUAAGUGUCCGACUCUUGAUUCCUGCUCAGGUCAUGAUCUCACAGUUCUUGAGUUCGAGCCCCACGCCGGGCACAGUGUGAAGGCUGCUUAGGAUUUGGUGUCUCCCGAUCUCUCUCUUUCAACAUAAAUAAAUAAACUUAAAAAAAAAAAAGAAAAAAAAGACAAACAGUUUUAUCCAGGCCCAUCCACUGUGCUGGUACUUCUGAGGUCAGGUAGAAUGGGUGACUUCUCACACACUGUGUGCAUAUUUUUUACAGACUUUAAAAAAAUUGUCAUUCAACAUUUUAUCUGUUUUUGAGAGACAGAGACAGAGUGUGAGCUGGGGAGGGGCAGAGAGAGAGAGGGAGACACAGAAUCUGAAGCAGGCUCCAGGCUCCCAGCUGUCAGCACAGAGCCCAGCGUGGGGCUCGAACCCAUGAACCAUGAGACCGUGACCUGAGCCAAAGUCGGAUGCUUACCCGAGCCAGGUGCCCCAUGCUAUGUGCGUAUUUAAAAAUGAUUGCAGGUAGAGGGGCGCCUGGAUGGCUCAGUCAGUUAAGAGUCUGACUCUUGGUUUCAGCUCAGGUCAUGAUCUCACAGUUAGUGGGUUCGAGCCCCGCUUCGGGCUCUAUGCUGACGUUGCAGACCCUGCUUGGGAUUCUCUCUUUCCUUCUCUCUCUGCUCCUCCCGUACACACUAUCUCCCUCUCUCACUCUCAAAAUAAAUAAACUUAAAAAAAAAAAUUUGCAUGUAGAGAUAGGAAAAUUUGUGUUGAAUUUCUUGUAAAAGUUCAACAGAACUGACAUUUUUAGUUGUAUCCAGUCUUCCCCAAGGAUAAGCUAGUCUUGGAAAGUGAAUGUGAGGAGGAAAGUCAUGGUCAAGGGAACCAGGAAAAAGAACUGAGUCCUGGCCUGAGACAGACGGGUCCUACCUCUCUCACCCCAUGACCUCCAGCAGAUACAGAAUAAAGGUCACAUCUGUAAGAAAAAAGACCUCCUCUAGUCUAUUUGUCACCCCUGAGAACAGAGUUUUCCAAAGCUGUUGUCACCUGGGGAAGUUACCUAUUGAUGCCUUUGGGGCUCUAUUUCAUAACUUUUGAAUUGGUUCUGGGUUUGGAGCCCCGACAUCAGAGUCGAAGGACAAGACACCUUUGUGGGUUUUGUGGGGAUUCUGUUUUAUUUUGUUUUUUAACGUAUAAUUUACAUACCAAAGGAGUCGCCCUUUAAGCUGCACAGUUCAGCCGUCUUCAUUUCUUCACAGAGUUGUACAACCAUGACCACUGUUUAAUGCCAGAAUAUUUUCAUCAGCCCCCAAAGCAGCCCUGUACUCAUUAGCGGUCUGUCUCUUGCCGCCAACUUCUGGCAACCACUCAGCUGCUUUCUGUCUCUGGAUUCGCCCGCUUAAGACAUUUUAUCUAAACAGGUUUAUACAAUAUGUAGCCUGUGACGUCUGACGCUUUUUUUCGCUCGGCGUUAUGUUUUCAAGGUUCAUCCAUGGUGUGGUACAAAUUGUCCCUAAAUCCUUUUUGUGGCUGGAGAUACUCCAUCGUGUGGACAUUCUACAGUUUUGUUUAUCCACUCAUCGGUUGAUGAACUUUUAGGUGGCUUCCACUCUUCGGCUAUUACGAACGCUGCUGCUGUGAACAUGCACGUACAGUGUUUGUGGGGGUAUAUUUUACCAUUUCUCUUGGGUGUUCACCCAGGAGCGGAAGUAGUGCUGGGUCACAAAACAACUUUAUGUUUAACUUUUCCAGGACCUGCUAAACUGGUUUCCAAAAUCAGGCACCAUUUUACCGUCCCAUUGGCAAUACGUAAACGUUCCCAUUUCUCAACAUCCUCAUCAGCACUUGUCAUUGCCUUUUUUUUUUUUUUGAUCUUAGAAAAUUUUAUGUGUGAAGUGGAGAGAGAGCGAGCCAGGGAGAGGGGCCGAGGGAGAGAGAGAAUCUUAAGCAGGCUCCACACUCAGCAUGGAGCUUGACACGGGGCUCGAUCCCACGGCCCUGGGAUCAUGACCUGAGCCGGAAUGAAGAGUCAGUUGCUCAACAGACUGAGCCACCCAGGUGCCCCGGUGUCAGUGACUAAUGAUGUUCAAGAUCUUUGCGUGUGGUUGUUGGCUAUCUGUAUAUCUUUUGGAGAAAUGUCUAUUCAGACCUUCUGUCUGGUUUUAAUUAGGUUCCCAUUUUUUUAUUGCGUUGUAACUGUUCUUUAUAUAUUCUGGAUACUAGUCAUUCCAGAUACAAAUUAUCUUAUUGGAUAUAUGAUUUAUAAAUCUUUUCUCCUGUGGGCUGUCUUUUCACUGUUUUGAUGGUGUCCCUUGAAGCACUAACGUUUUAAAUUUUGACGAAGCCAAGUUUAUCUGUUUUUUCCCUUGUGCAUUGUGCUUUUGGUGUCCUCAGAAACUAUUCCCCACCCCAAGGUGAUAAAGAUGUGUUUUUGUCUAAGCAUUUUAUAGUUUUUAGUUUUUACAUUUAGGUUUUUGAUCCAUUUUUGUUAAUUUGUAUAUAUGGUGUGAGGUAGGGUCCAACUUCCUCCUUUUGCUUGUGGAAAUCCAGUUGUCCCAGGAUUGCUUGGUGAAAAAACUAUUCUUUCUUCUCUUGUAUUAUCUUGGUAAAAGAUUUAUUUCUAAACUCUUAAUUCUACUCCAUUGUCUCUCCUUGUUGUGAUUUGAUCAUGCAGUUGUUAUUUUUUAUUCUAUUGAUACAGUUAUUACAUUAAUUGAUUUUUCUUUUUUAAAUCUUUUAAUGUUUGUUUAUUUUUGAGAGAGAGAGAGAGAGAGAGGGAGAGAGAAAACUCAAGUGGGGGAGGGGCAGAGAGAGAGGGAGACACAGAAUGUGCAGCAGGCUCCAGGCUCGGAGCUGUCAGCACAGAGGUCAACUCGGGGCUUGAACCCAGGAGCUGUGAGAUCAUGACCUGAGCCAAAGUUGGAUGCUUAACCAGCUGAGCCACCCAAGUGCCCCCACAUGAAUUGAUUUUUAGAUAUUAGGCCAACCUUGCACUCAUAAGAUAAAUUGCUUGGUCAUGGUGUAUAUUCCUUUUUGCUGGAUGUGGCUUACUAAUACUAUGUUCAGGAUUUAUGGGUUUAGGUUUAGAAGGAAUAUUAUUGUGUAGUUUUCUUUCUUGUGAUGUCUUUCUUCAGUUUCGGUAUCAGGGUAAUACCGGUUUCUCAGAACAAUUUCGGAAGUCUUUUUUUUUUUUAACAAAAGUGUUUGUGUAGGAUUGAUGUUAAUUCUACUCUAAUGGUUCAGUGAAAUUUAUCCGUGAAACCGUCUGGACCUGGGCUUUCCUGUGUUGGAAAUGCUUUGAUUGUGAAUUUACCCUCAUGUUUUACCUCAGUACAGACCUUCUAUUUCUUCUUGAGUCAGUUUCAAUAUUCUCUUUCUUUUUAGGAAUUUUAAAUUUCAUGUAGGUUAUGUAAUUUCACAUACAAUAUGUAUGUGAAUUUUUCACCAUCCUUAUUUCUAUAAGAUCGGUAGCAGUUUUCCCCCCUUUCAUUCCUGAUUUUAGUAUUUCAGGCUCCUUCCUUUUUGUCAUUGUUCAUCCCGCUCGAUUUACCUGUUCCGUUGCUUUUCAACGAAUCAGCUUUUCAUUUUCUUGUGUUUUUUUCUCUAUUACUUUUCUGUCCUCUUUUUCAUUUAUUUUUAGUCUAAUCUUUAUUAUUUCCUUCCUUCUACUUACUUUGGCUGUAGUUUCCUCUUGUUUUUCUAAUUUCUCAAGGUAGAAUGUUAGGUUAUUUGAUUUGAGGUCUUUUUCCUGUCGGCACAUGCCACGUACAUGCCUCUCCGAGCACGCUUUACUUGCAUCCCGUAAGUUUUGAUAUGUUUGUGGAAAAGAGUUAAUUAACAUGACAGGUCUGAAUUACUAUUCUUGGGAAAGACUGGUUGCAAGAUGGGCCCCUGGCCUACAUUUGGAAACUUACAUUUGGGGAAAUUCCCAUUUCCAGAACUGGUAAGAGUUAUGCCUACACUGUACAGACAAUAUGGCUUAUGCUUUCCUUUUUGGAAUAUGGGAUUUGGAUUUUCGCCAAGCAGAGUAUGCCUGCACGUCUAGCCCCAGCAGAAGCCCUGGGCCCUGAGUCUCUAAUGAGAUAUUGGUGACACUUCACACGUCUGAUUAUACUUUGUUGCUGGAGGAAUUUAACUCCUCCUGUGUUACUCCACUGGGAGAGGACCCUUGGAAGCUUGCGGCUGGUCUCCCCGACAGCCACCCCUCCACCUUUUCCUUUGCUGCUUUGCUCGGUAUCCUUUUGGUUGUAGUCUAUUUGUUGAGUGCCAUGAGUCCUCUAGUGAAUUACCAGACCUGAAGGUGGUCUGGGGACCCUGACACAUGUGGUUUUGUGCUCAUUCAUCUCAAAGUAUUUUUGAAUUUCUCUUGUGAAAUUUUUGUCUUGCUGGUCUUUUAGGAUUGUGUUCCUUAAUUUCCACAUGCUUGCGAACAUCCCAGAUGUCCUUGUAUUAUUGGGACAAAUUUAAUUUCAAUUCUGUUGUGCUGGCAAAUAUACUUCAAUCUCAUCAUUGUAUAAUUUCAGUCCUUGGCAUAUGUUAAUGAGGCUUUUUUUUUUUUUAUGGCCUCAAAUAUGAUCUAUCCUGGAGAAGGUCCCAUGUGCAUACGAUAGGAAUGUGCAUUCCGCUGCUGCUGGACAGAGCGUUCUACUAGGUCGGGUUCAUUUGUAGUCUCGUUUCAUUCUUUUAUUUCCUGUUGGUCUUCCACUUCUUCUACCCAGCAUUUAAAGUGAGUUAUUGAAGUCUGCAACUACUGUUGUUGAAUUGUCUAUUUCUCCCUUCAAAUGCUGUCAGGUUUUCCUUCAUGUAUUUUAGGACUCUGUUGUUGUUAAGCAUAUGUAUUGAUGAUGAUGAUGAUGAUGUCUUCUUGUUUAAUUAAUCCUUUUAUCAUUAUAAAAUAUGCUUCUCCAUCUAUAGUAGGUUUUUAUCUUUAAGUCUGUCUUGUCUGACAUUAGGAUAGCUACUCCAGUUCUCUUGGUUGCUUUUCUGUGCUAUAUUUUUUCUAUCCUUUUGCUUCCAACCUAUGUAGGUCUUUGAAUCUAAAGUGUAUUUCUUGUGGACAACAUAAAGUUGGAUCAUAUUUUUUUAAUUCAUUCUGUCCAUUCUGCCUCUUGACUAGAGUGUUUGGCCAUUUAUUUACAUUCAAUGUCGUUAUUGAUCAGGUGAGAUAUACAUCUGCCACUUGCUCCCGUGUAGCGUUGUACCCUUCCCCUACUGCUAUGCCAUUAUUGUCCUGUAAAUUAAAUCUGUAUGCAUUCUAAGUCCAUGAGAACAGCUUGAUAACUAUUGUUUUAUGCAGCUUUUAAUUCUGAUUGGAGGAAAAAAAGUUAAAGAUGAAAAAUAUAUUUAUAAUUUUUUAUAUGUGUUGCUACCUUUACCAGUACACUUAGUUCCCCCCGCCCCCAGUGGUUUGAAUCACUCUCUAGUGUCCUUUCAUUUCAACCCAAAGGACCCCCUUUAUAGAAGUUAUUGUAAGGAAGUUCUGCUAGUGACAUUUUCUCUGUUUUUGUUUACCUUGAAAUGUCUUAAUUUUUUCUUCAUUUUUGAAGGAAAGCUUAUUAGGUAUCUGCUUCUUGGUUGACAGUCUUUGUAUUUCAGCACUGUGAAUAUGUCAUCCCGCUGCCCUCUGGUCUGUGUGGUUUCUGGUGAGAAAUUGGCCAUUAAUCUUUUGAGGGGCCCUUUGAGAAUGACAAGUCACUUCUCUCAUGCUGCUUUCACGAUUCUUUGGGUGGCUUGUGGCAAUUUAUUAUAAUGUGCCUCGGUGGUGGAUCUCUUGGGGUUCAUCCUGCUUGGAUUUCAUUGAGCUUUUUGGAUGUGUAGAUUCAUGUCUUUUUUUCAAAUUUGGGAAGUCUUUGACCAUUAGCUCUUUAAGUAUUCUUUCUACUGCUAUCUCUCCUUUCCCUCUGGAAUGCCCAUUAUGUAUAUGGUAGUACACUUGGUGGUGUCCCACGGGCCUCUGAGGCUCUGUUCAUUUUCCUUUGAACUUCUUUCUCACUGUUCUUUAGAUUUGAUCAUUGCUAUUGAUAUGUCUUCAAAUUCACGGAUUCCUCUGCCAUGUCAUAGCUGUUCCUGAGACUACUAGUGAGUUUUUUGUUUUAGUUAAUAGAAUUUCAACUUUAGAAUUGGUCUUUGGUUCUUUUUUUUUACAAUUUUUCUUUACUUAUAUUCCUUGUUUUGUGAGCCAUUGUUCUCAUACUUUCCUUUAGUUCUUUGAAGAUAAUUAAAAUAACUUUUAAAACCAUUUCUGGUAAGUUCAAUGUCUCGGGGUUUUUUUAGGAAUAAUUUCUAUUGGUUGCUUCUUUUCUUUGUAUGGAUCACACUUUCUCGUUUCUUUACAUGUCUUAAGAAUAUUUUGUUGCAUAGGUAUUUAAAAUAAUAUAAUAUGGCCAAAAAUAAAUAAAAUAAUAUGGCAACCCUAGAAAUCAGGUCCUUGCCUCUCCUGUCCCAGGUUUGUGGUUGCUGUUUAUUAUUGUUGCUAUUUGUUUAUGCCUUAACUUGUCUGAAAUAGUCUGUAUUCUUUAUUGUUUGUGAUCCCCGAAGUCUCUGUUUAAUUUAGCGAUCAGCUAAAUGACCGGACUGAGACUCCUCUAAAUGCCUUGAAGCAGUGAAUCUCCAGGUCUUGGGAAGGGGCACUGUGUACAUGUUGGGGCUUGCCUCCGAUGUUUUGUUGGGCAAUUGGCAACCUUGCCUCAGCCUUCACUUCCUUGCAGAGCCUCGGGGUCAGCCAGAGAUGAGAGUUAGAAAGCCUUCUCAGGUCUUUGCUGAGCGUGUCCACAGCCCUGAACGUGCAUACUGCCUUCUAGACUCCUAGGAACGUGUCAGAGGUUUUUACAGCCCACUCUAGGCAUCUCAUCCCCCAGCUUCUUUUUUGUACCAGCUGCUGUCACCGCCUCAGGUGACUUUGGUGCUAAAUUGUUGCCACCGAUCGUUUCCCACAAAUACCCUGUAGAAAGCUGUUCACAGGAGGGGUUUCUGAGUCAGGUCGGAUAAAGACAAAGCCUGUGAGUCAGGGUUUUCCUUAGUAAUUGGGCCUCCAGGAUGCUGCCGGACAGGCCAGAAAAUGACAGAGUCCCAAGAAGAGAGCUUUGGGGGAGGCUACAGACACAGUGGGGGUUGGGGCAAUGGCUACCCUGACUUUCAGAUGAUUGGGUUUUAAGGAGUUUGGAAAAGUGGGUGUAUGGCAAUUUAAACCUCCACAGAGCUUGAUGUUCUUCCUGAGACUCAGCCAUUUUUCCUGAAGAAAUGCUCAUCAGAUGGUUACAAGCUUUUGGUUAAUUUCCAAGGGUUUUGUAAAAAACUUGAUCUUGAAAAUGACUGCUUAUACAGAGAAGCAGGUUCUGGAGAUUCUCACUGCACUUUUCCUACUACAUGACCCACCCAGCUGGCUGACUUUUUUUUUUUUUUAAUUUUUUUUUUUAACGUUUGUUUUUGAGAGACAGAGAGAGAGAGCACGAGUAGGGGAGGGGUAGAGGGAGAGGAAGAUACAGAAUCCGAAGCAGGCUCCAGGCUCUGAGCCGUCAGCACAUAGCCUGACGUGGGGUUCGAACCCACGAACUGCAAGAUCAUGACCUGAGCUGAAGUUGGACGCUUAACUGACUGAGACACCCAGGCGCCCCCCAGCCAGGUGAUUUUAAUGCAACUAUGUGUAUCGCGGAUGUUGUUAUUGAUAAAU